ACAGGAAUAUUUUGGAUCCAGGAAUGAGUAUCAUUAUUUCUUUACUAAAGGACUUUGGACUUUAACUCUAGAUACGAAUUAAUUUUUUUUUCUCUUAUUCAAUAAUCCAUUAAGAAGCAGUAAUUAACAAUUAUACGUUGCAACAAUGUUGGCCACAUAUUUUAGAACAUUACGACUUAGUAAUAAAUUUGGUUCAUUGGCACGUUAUGAAUCCACAUUAGUUAUCGCAGAACACAACAAUGAAUCAUUAUUACCUAUCACUUCCAAUGCUCUGAGCGCUGCUAGCAAGAUUGGUGGAGAUGUCACUGUUCUUGUUGCUGGUACUAAGUGUGAUGUAGUCGCGCAAACUGUUAGUAAAGCAAAGGGUGUAUCCAAAGUACUGAUAGCGGAUAAUGAAGCAUUUAAAGGAUUACUUCCAGAGGUAUUGACUCCUCUUAUUAUUGCAACUCAAAAUGAGCACAAAUUUACUCAUAUUUUGGCUGGUGCCACUGCUUUUGGUAAAGCAUUGCUACCAAGAGUUGCAGCUAAAUUAGAUGUAUCUCCAGUAAGUGAUAUCAUUGGAAUCAAAGCACCAGAUACAUUUGUGCGUACAAUUUAUGCAGGAAAUGCAAUUCAAACUUUGAAGUCCAAAGAUAAUGUAAAAGUAGUUUCUGUGAGGGGCACUUCAUUCGAACCAAUGCCUUUGGAAGGAGGGAAUGCUAAAUGUGAACCUGCACCAACCGGUGACUACAAAUCAAAGUUAAUAGAGUUUAUUAAACAAGACUUAACAAAGUCUGAUAGACCAGAAUUAACAUCAGCAAAGGUUGUUGUUUCUGGAGGAAGAGGAAUGAAAUCUGGAGAUAACUUCAAAUUAUUGUAUACAUUAGCUGAUAAACUUAAUGCAGCAGUUGGUGCAUCUCGUGCUGCAGUUGAUGCUGGUUUUGUGCCCAAUGAUUUACAAGUUGGACAAACUGGAAAAAUUGUUGCUCCUGAUCUAUAUAUUGCUGUGGGCAUUUCGGGAGCAAUUCAGCACCUCGCUGGUAUGAAAGACUCCAAAACAAUUGUUGCAAUUAACAAGGAUCCGGAAGCCCCCAUCUUCCACGUCGCUGAUUAUGGUUUAGUUGCCGAUCUGUUCAAGGCUGUGCCAGAGCUUUCAGAAAAAUUAUAAAUUUUGACGAAAUAGAUGAAAAUAUUUUUACUACAAACAUUUUUAUAAAAAUGAUAUAUACAAAUAAAUAAAAGAUUAUCGAAUGUAUUAAAUUUUCUACGCAAUCGAAAACUCUGUAUACAAAUUUUUUAUUUACAUUUUAUGUACAUAUAUGUAAAAUAAUAAUUAUGGUUAUUUGUA